AUGGAUGCAACGACGCAGCUGACCGGCAUUAAUGCCGUGAUGAACUAUGCGCCGACGAUCAUGGGCAACUUGGGGAUGGUGCCUCUUGUGGGUAACUUUGUGGUGAUGCUAUGGAACUUUGUGACGACACUUGUUGCGAUUCCACUUGCCUGGUACUUCACGAUGCGCCAGAUGUUUCUUGGUGCCACACUUGCGGCGUCGGUGUCGUGUCUGUUUCUGUGCGGGAUCCCCGUGUACCCCGGCGUUGCCAGUACCAACGUGAAGAACGGUGUUGCGAUUACUGGCAUUGCCAUAUUCAUCGCUGCGUUUGAGUUUGGUCUUGGGCCGUGCUUCUUUGUGCUUUCUCAGCAGCUUUUCCCGCGCUCGUUCCGUCCGAAGGGUUCAUCCGUCGUGAUGGUGGCACAGUUUCUCUGCAAUAUCAUCAUCAACGUCUGCUACCCAAUCGCGACGGAGGGCAUUUCUGGUGGUCCGUCCGGCAACCAGGACAAGGGCCAGGCGACCGCGUUCAUCUUCUUUGGCUGCGUUGGCUUUGUUUGCUUCGUCGUGCUGGUGUUUUUCCUGUUUCCGUGGGAAGAGAAGGCACCUCAGGGCCGCGGCGACACCGACGAAGGCCCCGCUCCACCAGAGCAGUAG